GGAGGAGCCUGGAGGCCCCGCGCUGGCGGGGACGCGCUGGCGGGCCAUGGCGGACCUCACUUUAUGCGCGUUCCUCACCAAGGUGCUGUGUGCUCACGGCGGCCGCAUGUUCCUGCAGGACCUGCGCGGCCACGUGGAGCUGUCGGAGGCGAAGCUGCGGGCAGUGCUGCGGCGCGCGGGCCCGGAGCGCUUCCUGCUGCAGGAGGUGGAGCUGCGCGAUGGCCCGUGGGACGCGGAGGCCGAGGUGGCGGCGGGCGCGGGCUCGGGCUCGGGCUCAGGCGGCGGCGCUACGGCCUGCAGGGUGAUGGCCGUGUCCUCCGCGCGCCUCUGCGCCCGCUACCAGCGCGGGGAGUGCCAGGGUUGCGACCAGCUGCACUUGUGUCGCCGCCACAUGCUGGGCAAGUGCCCCCACCGCGACUGCUGGUCUACCUGCUUUCUGUCACAUGAUAUCCACACGCCUAUCAACGUCCAAGUCCUGAAAAACCAGGGCCUUUUUGGCCUCAAUCAAGCGCAGCUUCGAAUCCUGCUUUUGCAGAAUGACCCCUGCCUUUUCCCAGAGAUCUGUUUGCUGUACAACAAAGGUAGUGAUGUCCUUUAUGGCUACUGCAACCUCAAGGAUAAAUGCAACAAGUUUCACGUAUGCAGAUCCUUUGUGCGCGGUGAAUGCGUCUUUCAGCCCUGCAAGCGCUCCCACCAGCUCAUCCAGGCUGCCACCCUGAAGCUGCUGGAGGACCAGGAACUUAGCGUUUCAAGUGUCGUGAAUUUCCAGAUAAUCUCUGUCUACAGACAUAAGAAGUUGCACAGGAUGCUUGAAGACAAAGACAACUCGGCUUCUACUGAGCAAUCACAAGGCCUUGGGAAACAAGGAGCCCCCGGAGCCCUGGCUGUGGAAGCCAGGCCUUUCUUCCCUGCCCGUGCUCAAUCGCCCAGGAAGCCCCAGUAAACCUUACAGAGCAUUGGAGGAAGCAGCUUGUCUACCUUGGAGGGUCAGAAGCAAGACUUCCGCUGAGCUGGAGUUUUUAGCCUGUCUUUCUUUCCCUCACUUAGUAUCAUUGGCAACUCUAAUACCUACCUCACAACUGAUUGCCAGAACCCAGGGUGGAAACGAAAAUACCCUUGCGGCUGAGGGCUGAGGUUGGACCUGGAGCUGACAAAGAGAGCACGCAGUCGGGUGAAUCCUGAAGCUGGUCUUUCUCCGCAGCCCCUGAAUGCCUCCAGCCUCUGGACAGAGGACAGGUUUCUGCAGCCUUCUGGGUCUAGCUGGUGUUUUCUAGACUCCAUUUACACUGUUUAUGUUAUAGACAUCACAGUUUGUGCACUCUGUAUUCUUUGUUGCUUGGGUUUAUACCUAAUCCCCUUUUGCACAGAAUUGCUAAUAUAGGUUUAAUCACCUCCCUUAUUUUGGAAUAUUUCAUAUUCCUAACAAUGUUUGUCUCAUUUUGUAUCUGUGCAGUAUUGAGUUUAAAAGCCGACUUGUACCUUUGCUUGGCUUGCAGGUGCUAAACAAUACUGUCUUCGGAUACACAUUUCUUUAACCAUCUGUGUAGAUAACCUCUGUCCCUGCUUUCUAAGCGUGUCUUGCUUGAUUUUGUGAAUUUCCUGUGUUGCAUUUUGUGGCUUGGGCCCUCUGUGCUGUUGUCAAUACUGCGUUCAUAAUAUUCAAGUUUCCUCAGCCAGCAUCCCAGCUAAUAAUCUUUGGGCUCCGCCUAGAGGUUUCUACCUCACCCCGCCCC